AAGUGCCUUGAAACUAGCUCGCCAAAGCGGAGAGAGGGCUGUGAGCUGAGCGGCAGGAGGAGGGACCUGCGGGAACCCUGCGCACUUUCCCCCAAGCUCUGAGGACAGGAUGACAGACGGUGACUCAAAUCUUCCAAUUAUCGAGAGAAAGCUGGGACUCCAGAUAUGGAACAUAGAGAAUAUGAAGAUGGUUCCUGUUCCUGAAAAGGCUUAUGGGGCAUUUUUUGAAGGAGACUGUUAUGUAAUUCUGCAUAACAAAAGAACCUCUCAUGGCAUCGCUACAGACUUGCAUUACUGGAUUGGCAAGGAUUCAACCCAGGAUGAGCAAGGUGCUGCAGCCCUAUACGUCAUCCAGAUGGAUGAUGUGCUUGGGGGGAACCCCGUGCAGCACCGGGAAGUGCAGGGACAUGAAUCUGAGACCUUCCAAAGCUAUUUCCGGAAUGGCAUUAUCUACAAGAAGGGAGGAGUAGCUUCAGGAUUCAGGCAUGUGGAGACCAAUAUGUACAACAUCAAGCGUCUUCUUCACGUCAAGGGGAAGAAGCACAUAUCAGCCACAGAGGUAGAACUUUCCUGGAACAGUUUUAAUAAGGGCGAUGUUUUCUUGUUGGACCUUGGGAAAGUGUUGAUUCAGUGGAAUGGACCCAACUGCAACAUUGCUGAGAAAUCCAGGGGCCUAGCAUUGGCUCGUAGCAUCAGGGACAGUGAAAGAGGCGGCCGUGCUCAAAUCGGCAUUAUUGACAACGAGAAGGACUCUCCAGACCUCAUGCAGAUCAUGAAGAUGGUGCUGGGUGAGAGGCGUGGGGAACUCCGAGAUGCCAUCCCUGACACGAAGGCGGAUGAGCUGCAGAAGGCAAAUGUCCGACUCUACCAUGUCUAUGAGAAGGACAAUGACCUUGUGGUACAGGAGAUAGCUACUCGACCCCUGACACAAGACCUGCUCCAGCACGAGGACUGCCACAUUUUAGAUCAAGGUGGUUUUAAAAUCUAUGUUUGGAGAGGAAAAUUAUCCAGCCAGGAGGAGAAGAAAACAGCCUUCAGCCGAGCUUUGGGUUUCAUCCAAGCCAAAGGCUAUCCUCCUUCCACCAACAUUGAAGUGAUAAACGAUGGAGCAGAGUCAGCCAUGUUUAAACAGCUCUUCCAGAAGUGGACGGAAAAGGAAGAAACACAAGGGCUGGGAAAAGCCUACAGUACUGGAAAAAUUGCCAAGGUGGAGCAAGUGAAGUUUGACAUCACUCAGCUUCAUGCCAGACCAGAGCUAGCUGCUGAGCAGAGAAUGGUGGAUGACGCCUCCGGGGAGGUACAGGUAUGGAGGAUUGAGGACUUGCACAUGAAGCCAGUGGAUCCCAAGAAAUAUGGACAGUUCUAUGGGGGCGAUUGCUACUUGGUGCUGUACACAUACAUGAGAUCAGGCAGGCCUCACUAUGUCCUCUACAUGUGGCAGGGCCGCCAUGCCUCUGUGGACGAAAUCACAGCCUGCGCCCUCAAUGCCGUGGAGCUGGACAAGAAGUAUGGGGAUGAGGCUGUGCAGGUGCGUGUGACGAUGGGCAAGGAGCCAACGCACUUCCUGGCAAUCUUCAAGGGCAAACUCAUCAUUUAUGAGGGAGGCACAAGCCGAGGCCAGACAAGCAUGCCCGAACCUACGAUUCGCCUCUUCCAGGUGAGGGGCACGGAUGAGAUGAACACCAAGGCCACAGAGGUGCCAGCCCGGGCCUCCUCUCUCAACUCCAAUGAUGUCUUCCUGCUGGCAACCAGCCAGGUCUGCUACCUGUGGUGUGGGAAGGGUUGCAGCGGAGAUGAAAGAGAGAUGGCAAAGAUGGUUGCUGACGUUGUCUCAAGACGGGACAAGUUGACUAUUUCAGAGGGACAAGAGCCAGCAGAGUUCUGGGAGGCUUUGGGAGGCAAAGCCCCCUAUGCCAGUGAGAAGAGGUUUCAGGAGCGGAACACCCACUACCAGCCUCGCCUCUUCGAGUGCUCCAACCAGACAGGGCGGUUCAUCAUGACAGAAGUGGUGGGUUUCUGCCAGGAAGACCUGGAUGAAGAUGACGUCAUGCUGCUAGAUACCUGGGGAGAGAUUUUCCUUUGGGUUGGCAAAUCCUCCAAUGUAUAUGAGAGGAAUGAGGCAAUUGCCUCAGCUAAGGAGUAUCUCAAGACCCAUCCAGCAGGGAGAGACUUGGCGACUCCGAUAAUCCUGGUGAAACAGGGCUAUGAGCCCCUCAACUUCACAGGAUGGUUCAAUGCUUGGGACCCCUACAAGUGGAGCGAUGGCAAGUCCUAUGAGGAGAUGAAGAACAGCUUGGGAGAUGUGUCAGCUAUAUCCGAGAUCACAGUGGAUCUUAAUAACAUCAACCUGAACAAGAGAAACAUCAGUGUGAUCAACUCAACUGUUUCAAGUACAAAAAGAGUCUCCUCUGAGUAUAAAACACACCUCAACCACAGUGACAGCAACAUCUACAGCAACAGCAACUGCAACAGCAGCCCAUCUCCAACGUCCAAUGGUGAAGGAAUUUACUCCCGAGAGGUGCUGAUGAACAAAACGGUGGAUGAACUUCCAGAAGGCGUGGAUCCUGCUAAGAAGGAGUACUAUCUCUCUGAUGCUGAUUUCCAUGAUAUCUUUGGGAAGUCCAAGUAUGAGUUCUACCAGAUGCCCAAAUGGAAGCAACAGAAUGAGAAGAAGCAAUACGGACUCUUCUAAGGCUACAGGGACCUUCUGGCAUCUCAUGACUCUGGGACCAACCUCGAUCUCUUAGGAGCGGCAGGGAAGCAAGGCUGAUAUUUGUCAAUGUACCCAACUUCAUCUCAACCAAGCCAAGCCCCUGUACAGUUCUUCAAGCAGGCACUGUUCAGGGGAAAGGUUCCUUUCUCUUUGCAAAAUCCAAAACGUAGGAUGCAAAAUUUUUUCUAGGAGUGACUUUACAAGGUUUUCUUGCCUUUUUUUUUGGACAUUUUAUUGCUGAUAGUCACAAAGACAAGUGUGUCUCACACAACCAUAGUGUAGCCUGUUCUCUCCUCUCCCCUAACCAAAUUUCCACUUGCAUAAGUUCAGGGUCUUCCUGAAAUUUGAGUUAGGAAUAUUAGGAAAUUAGAAAUUUAAAACUAGGCAGGACCAAGACUACUUGCAGUGGAUGUGUAAGUGCUGGGUUAGGA